AUUAUUCGUAGUUGCAAGAGCUGAGCAAUGGAGGGUGGCCGGGUGCUUACGGUUCUCCUCCUGGUGCUCCUGCUGGUCGGCCUCGCUGGCUCGAGCCCUCCGCCGGAGCCGGUGGUCUGUGCCCACGGCACGUCCGAUUGCACUGUCUCCAACGCGUACGGCUCCUUCCCGGACCGCACCGUCUGCCACGCCGCCAACGCCACCUUCCCGCGCACCGAGAAGGAGCUAGUCGCGGCCGUGGCGGUCGCUGUGGCGGCCAAGCGCAAGGUGAAGGUGGCCACCAAGCUCUCCCACAGCUUCCCCAAGCUGGCCUGCCCCGGCGGCCGCGACGGCACCAUCAUAAGCACGGAGCGGCUCAACCGGGUGGUAAGCGUCGACGUCGCCAAGGGGUUGAUGACGGUAGAAAGCGGCAUGGUGCUCCGCGACCUGAUCGAGGUGGCCGCCGAGGCAGGGUUGGCGCUGCCGCACUCGCCGUACUGGUCAGGGCUCACCAUCGGAGGCCUGCUGGCCACGGGCGCGCACGGCAGUUCGCUCAAGGGUAAGGGCGGCGCCGUGCACGAGUACGUGGUCGGGAUGAGGAUCGUCACGCCGGCACCGAGGAGCCAAGGGUUCGCGGUGGUACGGCAGCUCUGCGCCGACCAUCCUGACCUCGACGCGGCCAAGGUCUCCCUCGGCGUCCUGGGCGUCGUUUCCCAGGUUACACUGGCCUUGGAGCCGAUGUUCAAGCGGUCGGUGACGUUCGUGACACGCAAUGACUCUGACAUGGCAGAGCAGGCCGUCGUGUGGGGUGGCCUCCAUGAAUUUGGCGAUAUGGCGUGGCUGCCACAGCAGCGCAAUGUUAUUUACCGCAAGGACAAUCGCGUGGCCAUCACGUCAGUGGGUAACGACCUCAAUGACUACCUGGCCUUGCGAUCCAGUUCGACGGCCGACCUCAUCAGCGGCAGAGUCAUGCACGAGCUUCUUGAGAAGAAGAACAACACCGUCGCUCGGUGCAAGGAGGCACCCACGUCUGCAUCGUUGUUUGAGAAGCCAGCAUACGGCUUUACAAACAACGACAGCUUGUUCAUGGGGUAUCCGGUGGUAGGA